CCGCCUCAGGGCGGGGGCGUGGCAGCGGACGGGGCGCCAUGCGCCAUGUCAUGGAGGCGCAGUGUGCGGGUGGGCAUUGACGGUGCCGGAGCUGCGUGCGGAGCGGGUUUGCUGCCCGCGGCGAUCCUGUUCCCGCUCCUCUUUUCCUCCCGGCAGCGGCUGCGUCUCUGCUGCUGCACCCCGGCCACCCUCCCUCGCCAGUGCGGAGCUGCGAGAGGAGGGGGGCGAUGGAGAUGAAGAAGCGCAUCAACCUGGAGUUGCGGAACCAGGCCCCCGAGGAGGUGACGGAGUUGGUGCUCGAUAACUGCAAGUCCAGCAAUGGGGAGAUUGAAGGUCUGAACGAUUCCUUUAAGGAACUAGAGUUUCUUAGCAUGGCCAACGUGCAGCUGACAUCGCUGGCCAAGCUGCCCACGUUGAGUAAGCUCCGAAAGUUGGAGUUGAGUGACAACGUCAUUUCCGGAGGCCUGGAGGUCCUUGCAGAAAGAUGUCCAAAUCUCACAUAUCUAAAUCUAAGUGGCAACAAAAUCAAAGAUCUUGGCACUGUGGAAGCUCUUCAAAAUCUUAAAAACUUAAAGAGCCUUGACCUGUUCAACUGUGAGAUUACAAACCUUGAGGAUUACAGAGACAGCAUUUUUGAUCUGCUUCAGCAAAUCACAUACCUGGAUGGAUUUGACCAGGAAGAUAACGAGGCACCGGACUCAGAAGAUGAUGAUGAUGAGGAAGGAGAUGAAGAUGAUAAUGAUGAAGAUGAGGAUGAAGCCGGUCCUCCAGGAGAGUAUGAAGAGGAAGAUGAUGAAGAUGAUGGAGGCUCAGAUCUAGGGGAAGGUGAAGAGGAGGAGGAAGUUGGUCUUUCAUACCUGAUGAAAGAAGAGAUUCAGGAUGAAGAUGAUGAUGAUGACUAUGUUGAAGAAGGAGGUGAUGAGGAGGAAGAAGAGGGUGUUCGAGGGGAGAAGAGGAAACGAGAUCCUGAAGAUGAAGGCGAGGAAGAGGAUGAUUAAUUUGUUAUAGACAAAGUAGGACCAGAUUCUUAAGUUACAGAAUACGCAAUAGUGAUUAUGCAGAUCUGUAUGUCUCCAUGUACCAUAGAUGUCCCUACAGAAAAUGUUAACUUUUUAUAGGAGAAGUGUGGUUUUACUAUUCUUGCCCUUUUUAUCAUUCCAAAUAAGAUAUGAUAGCCUGUUAGUGAACCUAUAUGUAGAAAAACAAUUUUCAACCCUAUAAUCUCUGAAACCAUUGUCAAGUUUUCCCCCUAGAAUUUUAUUUGGAGCUCUUUAAUUUUAUACAAGCUUGCUGUGUUGUUCAUCAUUUCUCCAGAGUUAAAACACCUAUCUUACAUGAAUUUAGUACCAUGAAUUUCCUUCAAGAUUUUCAGGUUUUUGCACUUAAAAAGUUGAACUCAGAAAUGCUGUGUGGCAAAUUCGAGUCUGUUUCAAAUGAGGAGUUGACAAUAGUCUUGAGUUCACCAGGGGUUCUGUUUGAAUUCAACUAGAUUGCACUUUGCUUCAGCUUUUUAAAAGGUGACUCCUGUGACUUUUAAAGUCUUCUGCCCUGAUUUGCAUGUUAACAUUGCAAAGCCUAAGUGGGUUUCAGAAGAUUUUUUUUUUUCCUGCUUGUUUUGAAGUUCAGUGUGUUUGCUAGAGAUACAUUCCCAAAGGUAUCUUGGCAAACUGAGAGGGUUGUAAUCCUCAAACUUCUCUCCAAAAUACAUAGUCAUUGCAGGUAUUAACAGAAGCAACUAAUCUCUAGUUUUAAACCAUUUUACAAAAAGUGUUUGAUCUUAGCUCUUGCACUGUCAUUUCAGGAAUUCUGCAACAAUCAUUGUGCUUGGCUAUAAAAUAUAUGCAUUUCUAAUGCAGAAGUUAACGGGUAACUCCUUCAAGCACACUUUUCAGACUACCCCCACAUACUUUUAUAGAAUCAUUGAAGGGGGAAAGAUGCACAUAAGUUAAUCUUUCUUUACAGGUCACCUUUUAAAUUUUUUAAGUCUGGUUGUAGGCAAAAUGUUCAAGUCCAUGUAUAAUACUAGCUAAUUGUUCGGCGUUUUUUAUAUUGAAUGGCUGCAGAAAAUUGUUCCAUUGCUUGCGGUUGGUGGCAGGUACAGGAGACAUGCGGACAAGCUCUUUUCUAGCAGCCUGGUUGUGACCAAGAGGCUGUAAUAAUUCUGCCCCAAUGGAUUCAUGUGUUCCAUUUGAGCCAUGGCAAAACAAGUUCAAACAUACAGCAUUCCUUUUCCAGUCAUUAUUUGGAUUUAAAGCAGUAGUCUUGAUGUAAAACUAAUUUACAUUGUUUCAUGUAGGUACUGAACCAAAUAUCACACACAGCUUUAUUCAAGAGACUUAUUUUUAUAUCUGUCUUGGCUGACAAUAGCUGUCAUUAAACUGGGGGAGACACCAAGGGUGGGGAAGAGGGAGAUUUCCUGGACCUAAGUAAAAGUCAGUCACCAAUAGAUUGGUUACUUGUGAAUAUUUAAUAAGGUAUUUCGCACGCUAGCAGACUUUAAAUGUGAUCUCCAGUUCUUAAGUUUAGAUACUGCAGGGUUGAAGUUCUGCAAAGCCCAAUUUCUUGUGUGUGUUUUUUUUUUCCCCCAAAUAGAGCCUUAAAUUAUUGUAAAGCAUAGCCAGCCAUUAAAGGCGUCUGAAUGAAAUGAAUCAGGCAGAUGGCAAUAUGCUUGGAAAUAAACUGACUAAAAGAGUUUCGCAAUUUUUAAUUAAUAUCUGUAAAGACACUAGAAAAGUAGUGGUAAAACUACAUUUGCAACCACAAUCUAAGUUCCGGUGUUUGUUUGUGAAUACUGAAUGAAUAGAAGUCCUAGGUAAGCGCGCAUCCUAUCUUGUCAUGGAGGCUCUGUGUUCAAGGCAGUUGCUUUGUGUUCGGCUUUGAGAUAGAAAAGUGUUUUUCCACCUUUUUGCUUUUUUUUUAAUCUCAGUGAAUGAUUGAAAAUUAUUAUUCAAGUGUGCACUUUUAAAGUACUUCAUUAUCAGGGUUUUCCUUAACUGUCUCUUACUGAUGCGUAUAAAAUUAGUUUUAAAUGGGAACAUUUACUAUUUUGAAUUAAAAUUAUUUCAGUACCAGUCAUGUUUCAGUAAACAAGUCCAAUUUUAACACUGAAUGAGAUAAUGUGGCAAAGCAAAAUGAGUUUAGAAGGGGUUAGCAGACUUUCCCUAAGAUAUGCAGACUUAACACUUCCUAAAUCAACUUGCAGUAUAGUGCAGCAGCUGCUACGUCUAAAAAACUGAGCCUCACACUAAACUUAGUUCCUAAGUAAUUUUGUCUUUUCCUCAGCGUUACCAUCUAAGUAUCAUUUCAUAUUUGUCAGCUUGGCAUGCAAUUAAACAGCAUAGCAUUUUUUAAAAAUAAAUAAUACAGAGCCUCCAGAUAACUUUUGAAACUUUUUUGCUUGGUGGGUGGUCUUUUCAUGCGAAUAUGUAAGGGUGGGUUUUAUAUUUUGUAGAGGUUUUGUCCUAUUUCAAUGCUCUUUGUAUGGCAGUAUGUAUAUAGUGUGUUUUGGUUCCUUAUCAAACUCUUUCCUUAAACUUUGGAGUAACUGAUUUUGUGCAACUGUGUUUUGAAUAAAGCCAUGACAGUGUUAAAUUAAAGAAAACAACCCUGCAGCACUCUUCUGAUAAUUUUUAGUUGUAACAAAACAUGUUUCCUCCCCACGUGUGCUGUAAAUUUUAAAUUAAAAAGUUUUCAAACUGAAUUAUUUCAAAUAAAUUGAGACUAUUGUAUUGGA